AUGACUAGUGACAUCGAAAGAAUAAUCAACUACUCGAGGUAUCCAAUCACCGAACCAAAUAGCGCCAUUUUUGUAGAAGUUAUCAAGCGUGCGCGACACGAGUUGAACGAGAAAGGGAUAGCUCUGCUUCCAGACUUUAUGCUUUCAUCUGCCCUAAAAGAAACAAUCACAGACACCGAGCAGGUUUUACCCAAAGCAUUCCGUGGAAUAAGCGACCACAACGUUUACUUAGAAGAUUGUAAGGAGGAAAAAUUGGAACUUAAUCGCCCGAGCCAAAUCAUUUCUCGCUCUUCGAAAUCAUGUGUGACUCACGAUCAGAUAAAUCCAAGCACGCCAUUAAAGAAGCUCUACAUGUCACAGGCGAUGACUGAUUUUGUUCGCCUUUUACUGCAAAGGGAGGUGCUUUAUCGUACGGCCGAUCCUUUAGGAGCAUUAAAUGUCCACGUGUACAAAGAAAGGGACCAACUCAACUGGCAUUUUGAUCGAGGCGAAUUCGCAGUCACUCUUCUUCUACAAUCACCUGAAAGAGGUGGACAUUUCCAAUACAUUCCCUCGACAAGGUAGAUUAUAUUAAGGCCACUGAAUGAUGUAGGAGAAGGACGGGGCUGCGUAAGGUAGACAACCUUUCUUCCUUCUUUUACAUCAGAACUCAAAGCAAGAAUAACUGUACUCUUAAAGGCAUCAGCAGCGUUAACCUUGCGAGAAACAUGUUUAUUUAUUCGCAGGCCUGUUUACAUGGAAACGGGGGAGCCCACAUAGGUGUGGCAACAUGAGGGGGUCACCACACCUAUCAUGUAAACGUGAUCAAAUCAAAAGGAGAGAUUAUAUGGGCAGGCGGGUUACCCCACCGUAGCGGGUUACCUCACCUACCUGGGGUCCCCUACCAACACGUAAACAGGCCCUUAGUUUCUUCCGUAAUUUGCCUCAGUCCUCCGCAGGGCCUUUUUGCCAUUAGGAGACUGGAGCCUAGUGAAGAAGAAAGCGCGAAGGGAAAAAUGGGAAGGGAAAAGAAGAAAUAGCUACCUUGCCUCCUUCUGCCCUAAAAUGAUGGGCAGAUUUAGCAAAGAACAACCGACAUAGCCUCUUAGUCAAGGAGACGCGCAAACCGCCUCAACACGAUAAGGUGCUGAUCCGAUUGAGGCAUUUGCUGUUAUACUAAUGGCGAUACUGAAUUAUUUUGCCGUUUAUCUAUCUCUUUAUAGAUCCCCGGGAAAUGAAAACUACGACCUUACUGGCCUCUCAAGCUGGAAAAGAUCUAAGCGAUCUUGGAGUAAAACAAGCCGAUCUUCAGCCAGGCACCCUCGUGAUAUUUUGUGGCCGCAAUUCCAUGCAUCGCGUGACACCAGUGCAAGGCAGUAAGUCACGCAUUCUUGCCGUGCUGUCUUAUGAACAGAAACCUGACGUAUUCUUGAAUGAGUACACCAGGAUGAAAUUUUAUGGACGUUUACGUUAA